CGAAAAUUUUAUAAAUGUGGUUGCUUUAAGCAAGCAGCAAAAUUGCAUUUUCGAAAUUUUCCGCCUGCAGCUGGCCCUGGACGUGCUUUGUAUCCGUGGAGAACAGAGAAGCAAAGAUAGACGCCGUGUGGGGUUGGGUUGCUUCCGCCCCGCUGCGCUUAGCGGCGAACAGAAUGGGCGACCUUCCGGGCUCCACGGGCGGAGGAAGUGGCCCAGCUGCAGCCGGAAAUGCAAGUGGAAAUUCUAGUUCUGCAGGCAACACAGGCCUUGGUGUGGCCGGCACCACGGGCGUGGACCGUCCACCAUCUCCGGCCCGCCUCUCGCACACAUCCGAGAAGCAUCCAAAGGUGACGCUGACCGAGCUCAACAUGCUGCGGCGCCAUCGCGAGCUGUGCGACGUUGUGCUCAAUGUCGGUGGGCGCAAAAUCUUCGCCCAUCGGGUUAUACUAUCCGCCUGUAGCUCUUACUUCUGUGCAAUGUUCACGGGAGAGCUGGAGGAGUCACGCCAAACAGAGGUCACCAUACGCGACAUCGACGAGAACGCCAUGGAACUGCUCAUCGACUUUUGCUACACGGCCCACAUCAUUGUCGAGGAGUCCAACGUGCAGACUCUGCUGCCAGCCGCCUGCCUGCUUCAGCUGGUGGAGAUCCAGGACAUUUGCUGCGAGUUCCUCAAGCGCCAACUGGACCCGACCAACUGCCUGGGCAUCCGAGCCUUUGCCGACACACACUCCUGCCGCGAGCUGCUUCGCAUUGCCGACAAAUUUACCCAGCACAACUUCCAGGAGGUGAUGGAGAGCGAGGAGUUCUUGCUGCUGCCUGUUGGCCAGCUGGUGGACAUUAUCUGCAGCGACGAGCUUAACGUCCGCUCCGAGGAGCAGGUCUUCAAUGCGGUCAUGUCGUGGCUAAAGUACAAUGUGGCCGAGAGGCGCCAGCAUUUGGCCCAGGUACUCCAACACGUCCGUCUGCCUCUACUCUCUCCAAAGUUCCUGGUCGGCACUGUGGGCUCCGAUCUCCUGGUCCGCAGCGACGAGGCUUGCCGGGAUCUAGUGGAUGAGGCCAAGAACUAUCUGCUGCUGCCCCAGGAGCGCCCUCUGAUGCAGGGUCCACGCACCCGACCCCGCAAGCCAACACGUCGCGGCGAGGUUCUGUUUGCCGUAGGAGGCUGGUGCUCCGGCGACGCAAUUGCCUCAGUGGAGCGCUUCGAUCCGCAGACCAACGACUGGAAAAUGGUUGCACCCAUGAGCAAGCGACGCUGCGGUGUAGGCGUGGCCGUCCUCAACGAUCUACUCUAUGCUGUGGGUGGCCACGACGGUCAGAGUUACCUGAACAGCAUCGAGCGCUACGACCCGCAGACGAAUCAAUGGUCCUGUGAUGUGGCACCCACCACCUCGUGCCGCACCAGUGUGGGCGUGGCGGUGUUAGACGGUUUCUUGUAUGCUGUUGGUGGCCAGGACGGGGUCCAGUGCCUGAAUCACGUGGAGCGCUACGAUCCCAAGGAGAACAAGUGGUCCAAGGUGGCCCCGAUGACCACACGACGUCUAGGCGUCGCGGUGGCCGUCUUGGGCGGUUUCCUCUAUGCGAUUGGUGGCUCGGAUGGCCAAUGUCCCUUGAAUACAGUAGAGCGCUAUGAUCCUAGGCAAAACAAAUGGGUGGCCGUCAGUCCCAUGUCCACGCGUCGCAAGCACUUGGGCUGUGCGGUGUUCAACAACUAUAUCUAUGCCGUUGGCGGGCGAGAUGAUUGUAUGGAGCUCUCGUCCGCUGAGCGCUAUAAUCCACUGACCAACACCUGGAGCCCCAUUGUGGCCAUGACCUCGCGACGCAGCGGGGUCGGCCUGGCCGUGGUGAACGGACAACUGUACGCGGUGGGCGGCUUUGAUGGCUCCGCCUAUCUGAAGACCAUCGAGGUGUACGAUCCGGAGACGAAUCAAUGGCGUCUCUGUGGCUGCAUGAACUACCGCCGCCUGGGCGGUGGCGUGGGCGUGAUGCGUGCUCCUCAGACUGAAAACUAUAUGUGGUGCGAAAACAGUCUUAAGCAGCAUAAUAAUCCCCCAUCCUAAUGAAUUUCAUAACUUGCUUGUUCGCUUCAUUACUCAUUCAUCGAUUGUUGUAUUUUGUCUUCUUUUCCCCUGCUUCCUCACAUGCUCGCUAACAACACAUGCUAACAAAUGCGGAAAACGCAGGAUACGCAAGGAUUCUGUUGUCUGAUGGGAGAAGCAUCCGCCGUCGUUGACGUUGCCCUCGCAAACGUUGCCGCCGCCGCAUUUCUAUUAGCAAUUGAAGCCAAAUUUAAACCCCCCUACCACCCUCACUCCCACCCAUCCACUCCACUCCACUCCUCUCCACUCCAAUCCACUCCACUCUACUCCCGAAUCCGUUGCUUAGCAGAUUGUCUCUGAAUGUACUAUGUGUUAAUUGUUUAUGUCGUAGAGCCUAAGCGUAAGCCCAAGCCCCUCCCCCAGAAUAGUAGUAUAAGAGAUAGAAGCCCAACUAACUAAUCCCUCACUCGUCACCAUCACCCACCCCAUCACUCCUGUACGUAAUUGAAUGAUUGUAACUAAUAUUACACUAGUACUAGUACUCUAAGCAGCUAUAACUGAUGGACAACUCGAAAUCGUAAUACCUAGAAGAUGUUGCUGGUUGAAAUUUCAUGGAAAUUGCUAGCCCAUGCCCCACGCCCCGCGCCCCAUGCCUUCUUUCGGUAACAGAGUUAAAACAAAACACGAAUCAAAUACUAAACAUUAAACAGAAUUCAGUUAGCUAUAAAUUGAAUAUCAAUGAGCUCUAAAGUCAA